UUUAGAUUGGAGAUCUCUUCUGUAUUCGACUUUAGGCUCUCUGUUGUAUAUACAAAAGCACCAUCCAUAGUUGUUAUUUUUUGUAUAUAUGGUGGGAAGCGAUCCUAUGGAGCUGAAGCAAAGAGGCUGUGGCGAGAUCUGAUUUGACUGCUGCAGGCCGCAUGACCAGCCCAAACCCAACCCCAAGAUUACAACGCAGGGCAAGGAGAUAAGCCAACGUGGCACUCGUAACCCUUCUCCCUUAUCUUCUCCCUCGAUGUUCUCGGAAGCCAAGACCACCACUUGGACUUCCCUUAUCCUUUGCCUCCCUGCAACGGUCACUCUCUCCCUGCUUCGUCCCUGUGUCCAAACACUCGUCCCAAACCAGCAGAGACUAGUGGUAAGUCCGGUGCAGACCGAGGCAGCGCCAUGAUGGCUUGUUCUUCUCUCCUGACCGCACCCACCUCCAAGCCAACGCCACCGCUCGCCUCCCUUUCCUCCCGGCCUGUUGCCUCUUCAUCUUUAUCCCCGCCCACCGCCACAUCCGGCGCUUCCCCGGGCGGCAGCCGAGCCAUGACGGGCCGUCGGGAACUGGCGUUGGCCCUGUCGACCUCGGCGACGUUGCUGCUCCUUCCGGCAGCCCCCCCGGCGCUCGCCACGUCGGACGAGGAGUACGUGAGGGAGACGGCGGAGGUGAUCAACAAGGUGCGCACCACCGUCGGCAUGGACAAGAAGGACCCGAACGUGGCGGUGGCCGUGGCGGAGCUGCGGGAAGCGUCCAACACCUGGGUGGCCAAGUACAGGAGGGAGAAGGCCCUGCUGGGGCGCGUCUCUUUCAGGGACAUGUACUCCGCCCUCAACGCCGUCUCCGGCCACUACAUAAGCUUCGGCCCCACGGCGCCCAUUCCCGCCAAGCGCAAGGCCCGCAUCUUGGAGGAGGUGGACACCGCCGAGAAGGCUCUUCUCCGUGGGAGGUAGGCGUGUAGGCCUACUACUUCAUCAUCUCUGUGUCCAGUUUUUGCUUUAACUGAGAUGCAUUGUAUUCGGGUCGCUCGUUGCAUUGAUAUACUUGGACGUAUGUCAACUCAUAUUUCUGUAACCGGUUGAAAAGCUAAUGCUGCUGUUGCUGCUGCUUCA